UUGACAUCUGUCACGAAAAUGUGGCGAAGUGUUAUUCUAAAAAAUAUUUAUUAUUGACGAUAACAUUUAAUAUUAAGCUGUUAUUUGCUGUAAUAAUUAGUUACUUUGCCACUCUGUGAAAAUGGCCAAGUUUAAAUUGAAGAAACCUUCCAAAAGGCAGCCAGCACGGCUCAGGUACAAAAUACAGAAGAAAGUCAGUGAGCACAAUCGCAAACAGAAGAAGGAGGCCAAAAAGAACCCUAAGUCCAAGAAAACCAAGCCUAUUCAGAUCCCCAAUGUGUGUCCGUUUAAAGAAGAAAUUCUUAAAGAAGUAGAGGCAGUAAAGAAACACAAAGAAGAAGAAAGACAGAAGAGGAAGGAGCUGGCCAAGUUGGAGAAACAGAAGAAAAUGGAAGAGAAGAAGAACAGUAAUGUUAACAUGAACUCAUUGGUAGCAAAUGCAGAAGCGAGGGGCAAAGUGCACACUGCGUUCAAAGGUGCAGAGGGAGAGACUGAUGAGGUGCAGUUUGGCAAGGACAGAACACAAGAGAACUCCCUCAAGACUUACUACAGGGAGUUUAAGAAGGUCAUCUCCGAAGCUGAGGUCAUUCUGGAGGUUGUUGAUGCUAGGGAUCCUUUAGGUACGCGUUGCACACAAGUAGAGGAAGCAGUGCGCGAGGCAGGCAAACGGCUCGUCCUCGUGGUCAACAAGGCGGACCUGGUCCCUCGCCAGAACCUGACCACCUGGCUCAAGUACCUCCGGAGACAUGCCCCAGCGGUGCCCUUCAAAGCCUCUACUCAGGACCAACAACACAACCUCGGACGGAAGAAGAUGAAGCACAUUGUUAAAGAGAAGGAGAUGAAAGGGUCAGCGUGUGUGGGCGCAGAGCUUCUGAUGAGCCUACUGGGCAACUACUGCCGCAAUAAAGGCAUGAAGACAUCCAUCACAGUGGGCGUGGUCGGCCUGCCCAACGUUGGGAAGAGCUCCGUGAUCAACAGUCUCAACCGCUCCAAGGCUUGCAAUGUUGGCAGCACUCCUGGGGUUACUAAACAAAUGCAAACGAUCCAACUGGACUCGAAGAUCAAGAUCCUGGACAGCCCGGGCAUCGUGUUCCACUCGGGCUCCGCGGGCGACAGCGACAGCGUGGUGGCGCUGAAGAACGCGGCGCGCGUGGCCGCGCUGCGGGACCCCGCCACGCCCGCCGCCGCCAUCCUGCAGCGGGCGCGGACGGACACGCUGGCUGACCUCUACGCCAUACCGCACUUCACCACCCCACAGGAGUUCUUCGCACACCUAGCGUCUCGCAUGGGCCGGUUCAAGAAGGGCGGUAUACCGGACCAGGAGGCGGCGGCCAGGAUAUUGCUCAAUGACUGGAACACUGGCAAGAUCCGUUACUUCACGGAGCCGCCAGAGACGCCGGAGUCGGAGGUCCACGUGGAGGCGAAGAUCGUGAGCGGCGCGGCGCGCGAGUUCGACAUCAACAACUUCGAGGCCAUGGAGACAGAGGCCUUCAACCAGCUCGACCAGCACAGCAGCGCCGUCGAGGGGAUUAAGAUAACCAGCACAGGUCCAGUGAAAGCAGCAUUAGAAGAUGAAAUGCAAGUGGACGAGGACGAGUCACCUUUACUCCCUAAAACCCUCAACAUUCGUUCUAAACUGGGCAAAGGCGGGAAAACUAAGGAACGCACCAAACAAGACCCAGAGAUGCUUCUAGAAGGAAACACUAAGCAGAAUAAAUUAAGGAAAAUGCAGUUUAAAAAAGAUAAAAAGAAACAGGCUAAAAAUGAAAAGCAAUCGGUCGAGUUAGCUGGCGUACUAGAAAAUGUUACUCUAACGACGUAUAAGAAAAAAGAUGAUUACGAUUUCAAAGAAGAUUUAUCGUUGUAGUUUUUGUACGUAGGUAGCCAUAUUUUUGUUGUCAGUUUGUCUAAGUGUUAGCAAAGGAACUGAGAAAAUCGAACUUGUCUAUUGUGUGGUUUUGUUAACAAAAAUGACAUUCGAGUGUGAUUUUCACUUUAAGGCGACGAUAUGCAAACAAACAAGACAGUAAAUACUAAAUUGCUUAGGCUAUUUUAACAACUAUUGGGUCUACAUAAGCCUAUGUAGUCAGAAUUACGCCUUAUUUACCUGAAUUUCCAUUAUAUCCGCGUAAUUAUGUAUCGAAGUUGUAAAAUAAAGAAAAUUGAACUGAA